UCAGUAUCGCACAAACAACACUAACGGAAACAUCAACGUGCAAAGCAAAGACGGACAGACGCUUUCUGUCUCGACUGGUCCCACUGUGCGUCUGCCUGCGAUUGUCUAAUUGAAACAUAUUUGAGCGAAAGAGUUGAAAAUAAAUAGAAAAUCAGCGCCCAAAUGCGGCUACGUGAUAUGUGCAUACAACAACAACAGCAACAGUAGCAGCAGCAGCAGCAGCAGCAGCAGCAGCAGCAACAGCAGCAGCAGCAGCAGCAGCUCCAUGUUGCAGUUGCCAUAGCUACAUAUAUAGCACGCAAAAUCUGUUCUAUCAGCUUACACAUGCUCAUGCUUCAGUGGCAAUAUGUACGAGCAGCAGCUACAGCAGCAACAGCAACAACAACAGCAGCAGCAGCAGCAGCAGCAGCAGCAGGAACAACAACAUUUGUGACAGCCGCGUGCCAAAAAUUGCCGAUUUUAACAAGCGAAUUGCAACAGCGACAGCAGCGACAACUAUUGCUAACUAAAGCAACAACAACGACAACAACAGCAACAACAAUAACAGCAGCAGCAACAACAACGAACAUUGCAACCAGGCGCCACAAACUAACCAAAUGUCAAUUCAAAAGCUAAACGAGAACGCCAACUCGGGCUAUGUUAGCUCCGAGGAGACGGACUCGCUGCUUGUAUCGAACCCAACGAAGGGCGGGCGAACCGCAUUGCUGCGGCAGGUGAAGAGCAGCUCGGCAAAUGGACCAACAUCGAACAAUAUGGCUUCCACGUCCGGUGGCAAACCGACGCUGAUGCGUCAGGAUCGGACAUCAACAUAUCUGACAAGUCCGCAGCAGUCGCAGCAUAUCCGCAUGGGCUCCGAGGAGAGUAUGCGCGGCGGGAUUGGUGUUGGGCACAACGAUGAGGAUAUUGAGCAGGGGCUGCGUGCCGCCAUUGUGCCUGACAUUGAAGUACACGAAGAGGACCAAGAACUAACACAAAACACAUCAACAACAACAACAAUAUCGGCAUCGGCCAGCUUGGCUGGCGGUGCUCUGACCAAGCAGCAACAGCCGCACCAGCAGGAACAGCAGAUCCAGCAGCAGCAGCAGCAGCAGCAGCAACAGAAACCGACCAUAUCAAUUAUGAAUUUAAGCCUGAAACCGCACGACGGCACGGGAUCGGGAACGGGUACGGGAAUGGGAACGGGAACGGGCACCGGCUCGAGUCAUCCCAAUUUGGGCACAUCAUCAUAUCAGAAUCUAUCAUCCAGCAUACCGCCAAGUGCGCCCAGUCGUUGUCGAGCCUGCCGCAAUUGCAGUCGACGGGCAUCGACGACGCCGAUCUCGACGGGCGGCCAGAUCGAUCGAUCUGCCUCGCGGGACAGUGUGAAAAGUGCCUUCCAACAGGGUAACCUGACCAGCUCGAUGGCCAUAUGCAUAUCAAACUCAGCCCUCCAACAGCAGCAGCAUCAGCAGCUGCAGCACCAGCUGCUGCAGCAGCAUCAGCAUCCGCAUCACCAGCAGCUGCAUCAGCAACAAUUGCAGCUGCAUCAGCAACAAUUGCAGCUGCAUCAUUAUCAACAGACACAGGUGCCGCCAGUGUUAAUCACAUCAUCGCCGACAAACGGUUCGCGAAUCAUCAGGCAGAGCUCACAGCCGGAGUCAAGCACCACGGCCAUUUGCUGUGGCUCGCACAGCUCCUGCGGCCACUCCCACACGGUACCGAAUGUGUCCCUCAAGCAGCUGCGGGAAAGCACCACAGAUGGCAUUGCGGGCAUUGCCGCCGAUUCCCUGAGGAUCAAUGGCGGCAUGCGUCCAUUCAAACAGGGCGUUCUUCUAAUGCCUCGCACAUUGUCCGAAAGCCGAAAGUUGCGACUUAGAAGGGCCUUCACAGAGGCCACUAACGAAACGCUACAAUGCUCCAAAAUGCUCCGCAAGCCAGCGUCGACACUUUCAAUUCCUGGCUCGAUGAAAACACCUUCCAUUGCGAACCGGGAACAGAUCUCAUCUGGAUGCAACGAAGAAGCGGCCGAGGCACUUGUGGGUAUCCACUCAGACUACCCUAGGUAUGAAAUGUAUAUGGAAGAACGUGCGCUUACUGGCGGCAAUACGUCCAGGAAGCCAUCAACCAACUCGGCCAAACACAAACCCAAUGUGGGCUAUCGCCUGGGCAAGAGAAAAGCUUUAUUCGAGAAGCGUAAACGCAUUAGCGACUAUGCCCUUGUCAUGGGCAUGUUCGGGAUCAUCGUGAUGGUGAUUGAAAACGAACUGAGCAGUGCCGGCGUCUACACAAAGGCAUCGUUUUACUCGACAGCGUUAAAAACCUUAAUAUCUGUUUCGACUGUGAUUCUCUUAGGACUUAUAGUAGCUUACCAUGCUUUGGAAGUGCAGGUGAGAUUAUUCAUGAUAGAUAACUGCGCUGACGAUUGGAGGAUCGCAAUGACAUGGCAACGAAUUAGUCAAAUAGGUUUAGAACUUUUUAUAUGCGCUAUACAUCCAAUUCCUGGUGAAUACUAUUUCCAGUGGACGACGAAAUUGGCCAAUAAAAAUAAAACAAUUGGCACUGAAAUGGUGCCAUACGACGUAGCUUUAUCAUUACCUAUGUUCCUUCGAUUAUAUUUAAUCUGCCGCGUUAUGCUGCUUCAUUCAAAGCUAUUCACAGACGCAUCAUCACGGAGCAUCGGCGCUCUCAAUAGGAUUAAUUUUAACACAAGAUUUGUUUUGAAAACACUAAUGACAAUAUGCCCGGGAACGGUUCUAUUGGUCUUUAUGGUCUCGCUGUGGAUCAUCGCAUCCUGGACGCUGCGGCAAUGCGAAAGAUUUCAUGAUGAAGAGCAUGCGAAUCUUUUAAAUGCAAUGUGGCUGAUAGCGAUAACAUUUUUGAGUGUUGGUUUCGGUGAUAUUGUUCCGAAUACGUACUGUGGACGUGGUAUCGCUGUCAGUACAGGAAUAAUGGGUGCUGGCUGUACAGCGCUACUUGUGGCUGUGGUAUCCCGCAAGCUGGAGCUGACCCGUGCCGAGAAGCAUGUGCACAACUUCAUGAUGGACACGCAGUUAACAAAAAGGCUGAAAAAUGCUGCGGCGAAUGUUCUUCGUGAAACUUGGCUCAUUUACAAACAUACAAGACUAGUAAAACGGGUUAAUCCCGGCCGUGUAAGAACCCACCAAAGAAAGUUCCUUCUAGCUAUAUAUGCGUUGCGAAAAGUUAAAAUGGAUCAACGCAAACUAAUGGAUAAUGCAAACACAAUAACUGAUAUGGCCAAGACACAAAAUACGGUCUAUGAAAUAAUAUCGGAAAUGUCCAGCCGUCAGGAUGCCAUCGAGGAGCGUCUAACAAACCUAGAGGAUAAAAUGCAGAGUCUACAAGAGCACAUGGAAAGCCUUCCAGAUCUAUUAUCGCGCUGCCUGACACAGCAUCAGGAGCGCAUCGAGCAACGACGCAACUUUCUACAUCCGGAUACAGCCGCCGCUGCCGUACCGCCCAUACAACCGGCCACGCCCCAAUCCAUGUUCAAUGCGGCGCCCAUGCUGUUCCCCCAUUCUAGAAGUGUACCCUCAUCCAAUAACGCCGCUGCUACUUACCAUUGGCCAACAAGCCCUAUUUUGCCACCUAUAUCUAGUAGAACACCACAUUUAGUGCCUGAUACUCACAUGCCAUCAAAUGGAUCUGCAGUUAAUAGCUACGCAUCUUCCAACAAAUACGGCAGCUGAAUAUCCGAAAGAGAGCGCUCCAACUCCGUGAUUAACAUCGAGAUGCAUAUAUUAAAACCAGCUAGAGCAACUACGUCAACAAUAUCAUCCACAUCAACAACAACAUUUACGUCAAUACCAAUGCCCAUGUCAAAGUCCAUGUCACCAACUCUGAUGGAGACAGCGCUAAGGCAGCGUCUGCAUUCGCCAUCGUUGUCCGUCGAACCGGAACAGCUCUUCGAACUGAGCCAUUAUCAACAGACAUAUUCGCAUUCACAGCAGCAUUCGUAUCCGCAUCAGCGCACCCUGGAGAACAUCAGCAUACCAGCCAUACCGGAGGAUGUCGAAACCAUGACCAAUGCGAAUAGCAAAGGUUCACCCGAUCCAAGUGCGCAGCUGCAGCCCAUUCAGGCGGGCAACGCUGGCAUCUCCAUAGAGAUGGCAGCGGACAUAUCGAUAGCGCAACCGAUAACAACACAAAUCGAUAGCGAUGCCAGAACGAAUGCAACGAUGACGACGACGACGACGACGACGAAUGUCACAUCGAUUGCCACAAAGAUCACUGAGAAUAAGUUUACUAGGAAAAGAGAACGUGUAUGCAAUAAUAGUAGUAAUAGUAAUAAUAAUACAAAUAAUAGUAAUAUUAGUAAUUCUACAAGUCGAAUUUCGAACUCGGCCUUUUGUAAAUAAGCCUCUUCGAAAUUAGAGAAACAAAAGUCAAACGUUAGCAUAUA